UUUCCUGCUCCCGGGAAAGGUGACUUUUGUACACGAAGCGCUCUUAACCUCAGAAGCAGUAAAACCUUUGGUAUUUGGAACUUCCACAUGGAAUGCCUUUCUCAUGGAUUGGUUGAGCUUACUGGUUGACUAUAUUGUGGAGUAUGACUAUGAUGCUGUACAUGAUGAUGAGUUAACUAUUCGAGUUGGGGAAAUCAUCAGGAAUGUGAAAAAACUACAGGAGGAAGGAUGGCUGGAAGGGGAACUGAAUGGGAGACGAGGAAUGUUUCCUGAUAAUUUUGUUAAGGAAAUUAAGAGAGAGACAGAAUCCAAGGAUGAUAAUUUGCCCAUCAGACGGGAAAGGCAUGGGAAUGUUGCAAGUCUUGUACAACGAAUAAGCACCUAUGGACUUCCAGCUGGAGGAAUUCAGCCACAUCCACAAACUAAAAACAUUAAGAAGAAGACCAAGAAGCGGCAGUGUAAAGUUCUGUUUGAGUACCUUCCACAAAAUGAUGAUGAACUGGAACUGAAAGUGGGGGAUAUUAUUGAUAUUAAUGAUGAGGUAGAAGAAGGCUGGUGGAGUGGAACCCUGAACAACAAAUUGGGACUAUUUCCCUCAAAUUUUGUGAAAGAAAUAGAGGUAACAGAUGAUGGUGAAAGUCAUGAAGCCCAGGAGGAUUCAGAAUCUGUAUGGACUGGGCCCACCUUAUCUUUCUCCUCUCUGGGGAAUGGGAAUGACACUGCGCCUGGAUCGGUGACACAGCCAAAGAAAAUUCGAGGGAUUGGAUUUGGAGAUAUUUUUAAAGAAGGCUCUGUGAAACUUAGGACAAGAACAUCCAGUAGUGAAACAGAAGAGAAAAAAUCAGAAAAGCCCUCGAUCCUACAGUCACUAGGAUCCAGAACUCAGAACAUGGAGAUAACAAAAACAGACACUGAAGGUAAAACUAAAGCUAAGGAAUAUUGUAGAACGUUAUUUGCCUAUGAAGGUUCUAAUGAAGAUGAACUUACUUUUAAAGAGGGAGAGAUAAUCCAUUUGAUAAGUAAGGAGACUGGAGAAGCUGGCUGGUGGAAGGGUGAACUGAAUGGUAAAGAAGGAGUAUUUCCAGACAACUUUGCCGUUCAGAUAAAUGAACUGGAUAAGGACUUUCCAAAACCAAAGAAACCACCACCUCCUGCUAAGGGUCCAGCCCCAAAGCCUGAGCUGAUAUCUGCAGAGAGAAAGUAUUUUCCUGCAAAGCCUGAAGAAAGAGAUGAAAAAUCCAUGCUGGAACAGAAACCUAAACCAGCUGCUCCACAAGUCCCACCAAAGAAGCCUACUCCACCCACCAAAGCCAAUAAUUUAUUGAGAUCUUCUGGAACAGUGUACCCAAAGCGACCUGAGAAACCAGUUCCUCCACCACCACCUGUAGCUAGGAUUAAUGGGGAAGUGUCUGCCAUUUCAUCAAAAUUUGAAACCGAGCCACUAUCAAAACCAAAGCUAGAUUCUGAACAAGUACCACUUAGACCAAAAUCAGUAGACCUAGAUUCAUUUACUGUUAGGAGCUUUAAAGAAACAGAUAUUGUGAAUUUUGAUGACAUAGCUUCCUCAGAAAACUUGCUACAUCUCACUGCAAAUAGACCGAAGAUGCCUGGAAGAAGGUUGCCUGGCCGCUUCAAUGGCGGACAUUCUCCAACUCAAAGCCCAGAAAAAGUCUUGAAGUCACCAAAAGAAGAUGAUAGUGCCAACAUAAAGCCAUCUGAACUUAAAAAGGAUUCCUGCAGCUCUCCAAAGCCAUCUCUGUACCUUUCAACACCUUCAAGUCCUUCAAAACCAAAUGUGGCUGCUUUUUUAACUCCAUUAGACAUCAAAGCUAAAUUAGAAGCAGAUGAUGGGAAAAAAAAUUCCCUGGAUGAACUUAAAGCUGAAAUGAUUGAACUGCUGUGCAUUGUGGAAGCACUGAAAAAGGAUCAUGGGAGAGAACUGGAAAAACUACGAAAAGAUUUGGAAGAAGAGAAGGCAAUGAGAAGUAAUCUAGAGGUAGAAAUAGAGAAACUGAAGAAAGCUGUCCAGUCUUCUUGAAGAGGCACAGACCCAGAAUUUUUAAUGAUACGGGGACUCAGAAGCAAAACUAUGAACUUCAGUUGACUUGUUACUUAAAAAUAACAAAUUCUGAUGCUGUGGUAAAGAAAUAUGAGUAUAUGAACUAUAAUAUCUAUAGAAAAGUAGGGGGAGCGUGAAUUUUUUUAUAUAUUUUGUUUUGCCAAUAUGAGAAAAAAAAGAGGCCUUAUUUCUUAUGUGCUGGGAUUGCAAACUUCUUUUUUAGUUUGCUUGAAAAUACUACUGAAUCUGUAUAAAACGGAAAAUUCACAAUAGUUUUUUUAUUGAAACUUGUAGUAUUAUUUUUAAAGAGAUCUAUACUAUAAAUAUGGUGAUAUCUUUACAAAUAAUCUGUAAAAUAUACUAUUUGAGAGGGACAAUUAGCUUUAUAGUAACUCCAGUCACUACUUUUCACAUACAUUAUACAUAAGGGAUAUAUACUUUUUUUGUGUGUGUGUGUAUAUAUAUAUAUAUAUGUAUUCUUUCACUUUUAGCUUCUUACCCAGGAUUACACUGUUGUGCCUGUUUGUUUGCAGUGCUGUUUAUAUUCUGGGCGAUGAAAUAGGAGUUUCCUAGCUAUAUACCAGAUUACUCAACCGUGCAUUUAGUUAAUAUCUAAUGAAUUAAUCAAAAUAAUUCUGCUUAUAGAAUAUUUUAUAUUGCUUGCACUAUAGGAUUUAUAAAAUGAAUUUAGUUAAGAUGUUUUGGAUUGUUAAAUACUUUUGGGAAAAUAGGAGCUCUAUUUUAAAUUCAUUGGGUCUAAACAGCAAAAAAUGUCAAUUUAACCCUUACCUUGUGCCUAGAAACUACAGCACAUACAUAUUAUGCAAACACCAGCCUUAUUGCUGUGCUUUUCUGCUUAUUUUUCAGGCUUAUAUAUUAUUCAUUUCAUAAUCUUGUGAUUUAAUCCUCUAUACUGCUCCCUCUUGUUUUUAAUAGUGUAAUAUUAGGAAAACAAAACUCAAAACUUUCAGAAGUUCAAUGUGCGGUUUCAUACUUUGACAAGUUAUCAUUAUGUAAAUGCUCAGGUUUUACAACAUUUAGUUAACCUAUAGACUAAAUUGAGUGGUGGAGAUAUAUUUUUCCUUUAAAGUUUUGAUCUUACAAUUCUGAAAUCUUGUGUUAAUGAAAUUUUGUCACAUUUUAAAUAAAAUAACUGAAGCAGAAAAUAAUAGAAAUUCCAAUACAUAAUUACUUCAUGUUAAAGUCCUUGGGCUCUUCUGAUGAGGUCACUGCUGAACAAAAUUGCUCAUUCCUAUUCUAAUGUUUUUAAAUGACUUGUCAAGUGAAUGACUUCCUUCUUGUUAAAUAAGUUAGAUCUUAUUUUCUUUUAAUGAAAGUCUUCAAGUAGAUAUAAAAACAGUGUAUCCUAAAAAUCCUCCUCCAGCUUUCUGUCUGGAAAAAUCUGUAAGUAACCCCUCCUCGCUCUAAGUUUCCAACAGAUUUCAGGCUGUUCUUAAAGUUUCUGUUGGUCAUUUUCUCACUAGCCCAUAAAGUCAAGAUGGUCAUGAGUCUGGAAAUACAUUUAAAGUAUUUGCUUAUAAACUUCCUCAGUGAGAAUAGAAAAGUAAUGAAAGUACUGUCUCUAUUUUUCUGCCAUUAACCAAAAAGUAAAGAAAACCAAACAAACUCAUACUCAGAGGGAAAACUGAUAACUUUAAUCUAGCAACUUACCAGUAUUUGUUCUUGAUAUGGGAAUUCUGUUAAUUCUUGUUCAUAAAGUUUAUAACACAAAAUGCUAUGUCAUAAUAAUAGCCUUUACUUGGGGAUAAAUCAUUUGCUAUGAGUGAGCAUAAAUGACAGACGAGAGGUGGAUAGCACAGACUCUGUCAUUGCCAAGUUAUUUGUGAAUGUAUUGUUCAGGAAUUGCUACUCUUUGAAACACAAUAUUACUAAUUUUCCUAAUUGUGUUCUGAUAUUAGAAAUAGUGUGUGUGUGCACGCGCGCGCCUGUGACCACAAGCUUCUUUCCAAAAGUUAUUCUGAAACUUCUUUAGAAAAUUUAAGUCUGUAGAUAGGAAGGGAAAGUGGGCCUGGAGUAACAGAUGGUUCUUUUUUAUAUGCUUCUUACUGUGAUCAUAGAAAAAAACCCAAGUGCUCUCUAGGUGUCUUGGUAAACAUUUUAUGCUUGCAUUUAAACUUGAAAUGUAUGAACAGAAUGAGACAAUCAGUUGAAACCAGAAAUGAGAAGCGUUACAAACUUAAUGGCCUUGUUUUGCUAUAGCAAUAAAAUGACCAAGUGCAAUGACUUGAUUUAGUAAAAUCUUUUAGAAGUUGCUGCUAUGAAUAUUUUUAGCCAUAAAAUUUUACCCUUGUUUUUGCCUGACUUGCCUUUAGUAACUAUUAUGUAAUGCGGUUGGUGGUAUGGUAUGCUAACAUUCCCGGGUGGGUGGGAAAAUAUAUAUAAAAACUCAAAACUCACUGACAUGUUUACAGGCGCUGUAAAAAAGCAUGCUACUCCUUCAAAAGGAAAAAUUAAUAAAGAAUACUAUUGCCAGUC